CUGGUUUCCCACCAGCUUUGUGGUUUUGGUGUUUCCUCCUCUCUGCAUUGAGUCAGCCUUGCUCCAGCUGCCUGCAAGACUUUGAAAACACAGAAGAGUUAGGAGGAGGGAGACAAAAAAAAAAAAAGAGCCUCUGCUUUUCCAAAGCAAUAAGAGUCCAGGCCCUGUGAUCAACGCACGGCUCCUCUGCGGAGUAAGGACCCCUCACCUGAGCAGGUGGCUAGGAUGGAGAAGACUUGGAACAUCGCCUAAAGCUGCACACUGACCUGAGAGAUUUGUCAGUGCCCUGGCAGGGAAUGACAUAAGGAUUCUGGCGUUCUGACUGGAACCACGGGUGGCAUUCACAACAAUGAUAUUCUAAUGGGCUGUACCUGAGAGUGAGAAAUCCUGUGUGUUUGGACAUAAAUGGUUUGACUUGACGGAGUUGCAUUAAGUCAUUCAUAUGGAUCCAGACGCUGAUAUAGACUCCUUGCUGGACCUCAGCUUCUUGACUGAGGAGGAACAGAACAUUAUCGCAGAAGUGCUGCAGAGAGACUCACAACUUCGAUUGCUGGAGGAGGGACGGAUCAGCAAGCUACGUGAGUCUGUCUCUGAUCCCAGCUGGCUGAAAAUCUUCUCUGGGGACUGGUUCUGUGAUGCCCGGUCUAAGCGUCACAAUCACUUCGGCUCAGACCUUGUCCGGGCUUCUAUCCGCAGAAAGAAGAAGCCCAAAGGAGUUGAAUGGGAACCAAAGCAACGGGGAAGCCUGGGAGAUCUGGAGCCAAUCAGGGAGCCUCCUGCAGAGGAGGCGAAGGAGAACAUCUUUGAUACGCAGGAUGCUGUGGACGGGCUUCCCAGCGAAGGAAUUCCUUCACUCACUUGGUCCCAAGAUCCACAAGAUGCAGCCCAGUCCCUCAAACAAGUGGCUGAGACCAGGCCAGCCCUGAGAAGUGACUCCUUCAGCAGCCUGAGUUCAGAGACUGAGGAAGAGGAGACACAGCAGACCCAUCCACAACCGGCCAUCUUGGGUUCAAUGGAGCCCCGGAGUAAUGGAAGCCAGGAAAAUGGCAGAGAAGGAGCCUCAGGUUCAUUCCCUCCGAAGACCGACACGACGAGUCCCCAAGAUAAAGUGCUGAGUACCAGUUCUUCAUUCUCCAGCCUCAGCUCAUCCACAAUGAGCAGCAGCCUCAUGAGCGUGUUCAGCGAUAAUGAAGCUGGGACCGUAGACGUCCGCGGCUGCAUCCAGUUCUCCUUGCAGUAUGAUGCCAAAAAGAAGGAACUGCAAGUUCAAAUCAUCCAGUGCCGAGACCUUGCAGAAGCCAGGAAGCAGCGGACAGACCCGUAUGUCAAAACCUACCUUCUUCCUGACAAAUCCAACCAAGGCAAGAGGAAAACAGCCAUCAAGAAGAGGAGCCUAGACCCCAUCUUCAAUGAGAUGCUGAAGUACAAGAUUGACAAGGCUGAGCUCCAGGGCCGCAUCCUGAACUUAUCUGUCUGGCAUCAUGACUCCUUAGGCCGAAACCUCUUCAUGGGAGAAGUGGAGCUAGAGCUGAAGACCUGGGACUGGAGCAACACAGGGCCCCAGUGGUUCAACCUACAGCCCAGGACGCCAGUCACCCCCGAUGCUUUGCUCAGCCGGGGCAAACUCAAUCUAGCUCUGAAGUUCCUUUCAGCUGGCUCAGAAGGGGAAGGGCUUCCUCCCACUGGUGAGCUGCACAUCUGGGUGAAGAAUGCGCAGAACCUGAUUCCUUUUAAAGGCAGUGCUGCGGACACCUUUGUUCAGUGCUACAUCCUCCCUGAUGACAGCAAGGUAAGCCGGCAGAAGACCCGCACCGUGAAGAAGAGUCUCAGCCCGAUUUUCAACCACACCAUGGUCUAUGAUGGGUUCCAAGCCAAGGACUUGGCUGAGGCAUGUGCGGAGUUCACCAUCUGGGACCAAGACACCUUCUCCAGGCAGCGUCUUGGAGGUAUCCGACUGAGUCUUGGCACAGGCAAGAGCUAUGGACUGCCAGUGCCUUGGAUGGAUUCAACUGAGGAGGAGUGCCACGUGUGGGAGAUGGUGUUCAAGAAGCCUGGCCAGUGGGUAGAAGCUGGCCUUCCUCUGAGGACCAAUUUGAGCCUUAGGACUUAAUCCUGCCUCCAGUCAUUCUGCAGUGGAACGCUUGCACUGGGGAGAUGUGUGUGUGGAGAUGAACUGAGCUGCCCCCACCAUCUCUAGCACCUCACGGCAGCAGACAGCCCUCCCAGGGUACCCAGUGCUGCCCCUGAUGUCUAAAGGCCCCGUUGCUCUUUCUAACUCAGAGGGAGGAGGCUGUUCCUUUAGGCCUGAGGCUGGGAUAACUUGAAAAAAACACGCAUACGUCCCCUCCUCCGUUAGCCACAGGGUGUUCUGGCUGCCCCUCAAGUUUCUUUUCCCUCCCUGCUUCAUCAACACAAACAAAUAUUGCGCUCUCGUUUUUAUUUACUCCUGCACAUUACCAUCCACGGUGGUGGCACACUUAAGAAACCGAACCUUCCCCACGCACUCUUUCAGCCAUCCUGGUCUCCUUUCUGCUAUUCAGGUUAUGUCCCCAAAGGGUGGAUGUUGUUUCUGUCAUCUUUCUCCCGUUGACAGUUGUGUUUCUUGGCGAUGGCCUGUGCUGCUGAGUCUAUAAGCCAAAGCUUAUAGCAAGCAGGGAAUGUUUGCUGCACAGCCCUGAGUGUAACACUGCAGUAUAGUUCAGAAUCCCUCCGCCUCUCUUGAAAAUUCUGGCCUGGGGAAGAAACAGCCCCCCUAGCCCAUCUUUUUCAUCUUCAUCCAAGAAGCAGCUGCAGAAUUUGGCAGAGAUACUGAUGGGAACAGACUCCACGGGAGGUUUCUUUAGGCCUUGUUUCCAAAAGGGGGCCUGGAGCAGAUUUUUCCACCGUCCCUGACCCAAGGGUAGAUGAGUUUUAAGCAGCCAGCUUUCACUGAGGCAAGGUGGGGGUUGAAGCAUCUGCCUUCGAGCUUUCUUAUGGAUUUGCAAGAAUACAGUCUACAACUGGUGGGGUCUGCACAGCUCACGGCUAUGUUCCAGACUGCUGGCCAAAGCUCCGCCGAUGUUCCACGAUGGCCUUCCAGAUACAACACACCAUUCCGCCUCUGCCGGAAAAAAAAGGGAAAUUGGGCAGAUUAAAUCUGUUGCUGGUUCAGUUGAUGUGAUUUACGAUGUCUUGGACUGUGGCACAAGAACAGUUAAGGAAGUGGAAAGCAUAGCAGCUCCCACAGACUGUCUUCUGCAACUUGACUGCUUAGAAGCAGGUGAGCAGCCCCCAAAACGAUUGAGCUGCCCCAAAGACCCGCGGGAGAGGACAUCCUACGGUCACCAACGAAGUCUUUAUCAAGUAUUACCUCAUAAAUGGCUUCCAUGAUUUUGGAAAUUUUUUCCCCACUUCAAGAGGUAUUGACUGGUUUCCAUAGGAAUGGGGAUAAUGAGGUCAAAGACCCAAUAAAGAAACUACACCUCUGUUUCACAACAAAAAUAAACGAUAGGUUGGUUAUCAUG